ACACGAAAAUCCCAGUUAAUAUAAAAGCUAUUCCUCAAGAUUCCUAGCCCUUAAAAGGGCUCCUAAGGCGAGAUCUGCUAAGAGCAGGGAAGAGGACUUUUAGUGGCUUAGGAGUUCCCCUAAGCAGCUGCACAAAAUGGCCAACAGAGGAGGCAGGAGAGAUGUCCUGCAAACACUGGAAGACAGGGAAUUAUUGAGACGCUACAGAUUGGAUCGUGCAGGAAUCAUGUUUGUGGUGGAUCUCCUUAGAGAUGCAAUUACUUCACCAACUCGACGCCACAACGCUAUUACACCGGAGAAGAAAGUAAUCACAACCCUGAGGUAUUUGGCAACAGGGAAAAUGCAACAAUGCAGCAGUGAUGACUUGGGUCUGUCCCAAUCCUCCGUCAGCAGAGUCAUCACCCAAACACUGACAGCUUUGUCACAACCUAAUAUUGUGACACAAUUUGUUUCAUACCCGCUGGAUGCCCGCACUUUACACACACAUAAAAGGGCAUUUAUGGACAUUGCAGGAUUCCCUGGCAUUGUGGGUGUAAUUGAUGGAACACAUGAGAUAAUUGCGCCAUCAGAGGACGAGGCAGUCUUUGUUAACAGGAAGAAUUUCCACAGCAUCAAUGUGCAAAUAGUGUUCAAUGCGGCCUGUAAGAUUUUGGACAUUGUGGCUAAAUGGCCAGGCUCCACACAUGAUGCGAGAAUGUUCUCCGAGAGUGGCAUCAGACAGCUUUUUGAGAGACGCUAUGUGCCAGCUAAUUGCCACUUGUUAGGGGACAGUGGCUACCCAUGCAAACCAUGGCACUACCUCCAGCCACGCCAAGGGCCCCAAUUAAACUAUAACAGGGCCCACAAGACAACAAGAGCGGUGGUGGAGCGUGGCAUAGGCCAGCUUAAGAGGCGCUUAUGUUCUCCACGGAGAGGUGUGGCUGAGGCCUGA